AUGCCGCCCAAACAACCUUCUCCGAACUUUCCUCGGGAACAGCGUCCCCCCAGAGCACGCCCUGCGUCUUCGCCCGUCAAGAACACCUAUCUACUUGCCUACAACGCUGUCUCCGCCGCGCUAUGGGCAGGCGUACUCUACCAGACCGUCACAAUCGGUGCGCAUGAGGUUCAAACUGCGCGCAAAGCCGGUAGCUUCUUCGGUCGUAACGACUUGCAGAGCGCCGCUGCAGGAUUAGCUAGCGGAAGGGUGUUCAACGAGCUUGAGCAGUACACGAGAAUUGUGCAGAGUCUGGCUGGGCUGGAGGUGCUUCACAGCCUUGUUGGCAUCGUACGAGCACCACUCAUUACAACCCUGAUGCAAGUAUCAUCUCGCUUCCUCCUCGUAUGGGGAAUUGCCUACAACUUCCCCGCCACGACCCAGCACAGCCCGGCAUAUAGCACCAUGCUGCUUGCCUGGUCCUUUACCGAAGUCGUACGCUACAGCUACUUCGUCUUCACGCUCUCCGGCCUCGGCGUGCCCUCCCUGCUCUCCUUCCUACGCUACAACACAUUCAUGAUCCUGUACCCUCUCGGCAUCUCAAGUGAAUGCUGGCUUGUCUACCAAGCUAUUCCGGCUGCGAAGCUGGUCGACGAGAAGAUCCCGUACGUGCUGUGGGCGAUUCUGGCCAUCUACGUGCCAGGGAGCUAUGUCUUGUUCACACACAUGUUGAAGCAGAGGAAGAGGGUGCAGAGGCAGGCGUGA